UGUUGGUUGGUUCACCCUGGAGUGGCUAUCCGGCUAACAGAACUGGAGAUAUCUACGCAUGUCCUGUUGGUUCAUCCAAAACCACCUGUAAAAAAUUGAAUUUGCAAGGCUGAGUAUAAAAUGGGAUUCACUUUUGGAUACAGUGAAAAUAUGGGGCAGCAGAGUGAGCUGAGAUGCCUGCUUUAUGUGUAUCUGCGGUGCGGAGCAUGUCCUCUACUCGCUCCUUCCGGGUUUUUGUCUGAAGCCUGAUACUGGAUCAGAGGAGUCUGGUGUCCUGAGGAAUGUAGCAGUAGCUGCUUGGCCGUAGCUACUCAGCCAGCCAAAAAUGCUCAAUAGCUAAACAUUUUCUUCCUCUCUUUUACCCCCAGUUCUCUUGAGGGCAGCUUUAAUAAAUAUCCCAAAUGUGACUGAGAUAAAAGAAGACAUGAACCUUGGCUUGACUCUGAUACAGAACUCAGAAACAGGCGGAUUUUUGACUUGUGGUCCCUUGUGGGCGCAGCAGUGUGGAAGCCAAUACUAUGCAACAGGAGUCUGUUCUGAAGUCAGUCCAAGUUUCCAGAUCCUAAGAAGCUUUUCUCCUGCUGUCCAAAAGUGUUCCUCUGUUGUAGAUAUUGUGGUGGUUUGUGAUGAGUCAAACAGCAUUUAUCCCUGGGAUGCAGUGCGGGCAUUUUUGAAAAAAUUUGUACAAGGCUUAGACAUAGGCCUUAACAAAACCCAGGUGGGCUUAAUUCAGUAUGCUAAUGAUCCACGUGUAGUGUUCAACUUGAAUACAUAUAAAACAAAGGAUGAGGUUGUUAAAGCAAUGGCGGGAACGUUUCAGAAGGGAGGCGAUCUAACUAAUACUUUCAAAGCCAUUGACUAUGCAAGGCAGCAUGCCUUCUCACCUGAAUCGGGAGGACGUCCCACAGCCACAAAAGUAAUGGUUGUUGUGACAGAUGGUGAAUCACAUGAUGGCUCCAACUUGAAGACAGUGAUAGGUAAAUGCAAUGAAGACAACAUAACCAGAUUUGGCAUCGCUGUUUUGGGAUACCUAAUCAGGCAUGAACUUGAUACUAAAAACUUAAUUAAAGAAAUCAAAGGAAUUGCUAGUCAUCCAACAGACAAGUAUUUCUUCAAUGUGUCAUCUGAGGCUGCUCUACUGGAAGAAGCAGGAACACUCGGAGAGCGCAUUUUUAGUAUAGAAGGUACAGAUCAAGGUGAUACAUUCCAAAUGGAAAUGUCACAGGUGGGCUUCAGUGCGUAUUACUCACAUAAAAAGGAUGUUCUGCUUCUGGGUGCUGUUGGGGCCUACGACUGGAGUGGAACAGUAGUUCAGGAGUCUUCAGAGAGCAUCACCACCUUUCCAAGCCAUGUGUUUGAAAAAAUUCUCCAGGACAGGAAUCAUAGUUCUUAUCUAGGUUAUUCUGUUGCUGUCCUCUCAACUCAGAGCUCCGUCUAUUUUGUUGCUGGCGCACCAAGAUCCAACUACACUGGCAGAGUAGUGGUUUAUGAUGUUGACAGUGAUGGUAAUAUCAUAAUUGUGCAGUCCCAGAGAGGCGAGCAGAUUGGCUCCUACUUUGGCAGCGUGGUCUGUUCAGUGGAUGUUAACAGGGAUUCUGUGACAGAUGUGCUACUUGUGGGUGCACCGAUGUUUAUGAAUGACCUGAAAAAAGAGGAAGGGAGAGUAUAUAUGUUUUCCAUCACAAAGGGAAUUUUGGAUCAACGAGAACUCUUGGAAGGUCCACAGGGGUCAGAAAACGCUCGCUUUGGAUCAGCGAUUGCAACCCUUGCAGACAUUGACUUGGAUGGCUUUAAUGAUGUUGUAAUAGGGGCACCACUGGAAAACCAAAACUCUGGAGCAAUUUACAUUUACAAUGGAUUUCAAAAGACUAUACGUACCAAAUAUUCUCAGAAAAUUUUAGGAUCGGAUUCUGCUUUUGGACAACGGCUCCAAUUCUUUGGAAGAUCAGUAGAUGGCCAUAGAGACUUAGAUGACGAUGGCAUUACUGACGUAUCAGUUGGUGCUGAUGGAAAUGUGGUUCUGCUAUGGUCACGAAGCAUUGCAAGUGUCUCCAUAAUUGCCUCAUUUAAACCUGAGAAAAUCAGUCUGCUGAACAAGAAUACAGAAAUAACUGUCAAAAUAUGUUUUCAGGCUACAUUUAGACCUGUUAAGAGAAAUAAUCAAGUGGCUAUAAAGUACAAUGCAACAUUGGAUGCAGAUCUUCAGUCCUCAAGAGUGACUUCUAGAGGACUGUUCAAAGAAAAUAAUGAGAGGUACUUGCAGAGGGAUCUUGUGGUACAUCAUGAGGAGAAUUGUGUUCAUGAUGUUUUCAGCGUACAGGAACCUUCCGAUGCAGUGAAUUCCCUUAGUUUGCGCAUUGACAUUGGCCUUGCAAACCCUGGCUCCAGCCCGGUCCUUGAUAUAUAUUAUCCUGCAUCUGUGGCCUACAGCAUUCCUUUUAUUAAAGACUGCGGUGAAGAUGAACUUUGUAUCUGUGAUCUUGUUCUGAAUGUUCAGCGGAAGGCAGAUGACGGCAAACAGCAGUUUGUUGUCAGCAGCAAAAACAGAAGACUGACAUUCAAUGUGAAAUUGAGAAAUAAAAAGGAAAAUGCAUAUAACACCAGAAUCCAGGCUACGUUUUCUGACAACUUGUUUUUUGCUUCAUCGUCUUUACCGAGCGAUGGGACUGAAGUCUCGUGUCAGACAGGAACAGCACAAAGUACAGUCAUUUGCCAAAUAAGCUAUCCUGUUUUCAGAACAGGACAACAGGUAUCUUUUGAUAUUAGUUUUGAUUUUAACCUGAAAAAUCUUCAGAAUGUGGCAGUUCUAAGUUUUCGUGCAUUGAGCGAAAGUAAGGAAGAGCAAGAAUUGGACAACCAGGUCAGCUUAUCAAUUCCUUUGCGAUAUGAUGCAGAAAUUCACUUCACAAGGCUUGCCAACAUCAACUUCUAUGAAGUAUACUCUGGUCAUAACAUUCCUUCCACUGUGAAUAAUUUUGAAGAUAUUGGCCCCGCAUUCAACUUCUCAGUUAAGAUAACAACCGGAAGUAUUCCAGUAAAGAUGGCAUCUGUAAAAAUCUAUCUUCCAGAACUGACUACCAAAGACAAUCCACUGAUGUACAUAACUGCAGUCACCACAGAUCAGGCAAGAGGUGUUACUUGUCAAGCUCAGAUAAAUCCACUGCAAAUAGGGAAAAGACCUUAUUCUGCAUCUUUCACGAAAGAGAACUUCAGAGCUUCCAAAGAACUGAACUGUAAGAAUGUGAAGUGCAGCACCAUUGCUUGCAAACUGGAAGACCUGAUGCUGAAGGGAGAGUACUUUGUGAAUGUGUCCACCCGAAUCUGGAAUGGAACCUUUGCUGCUUUAACUUUCCAGACAUUGCAACUCUCUGCAGAGGCAAAAAUUGAUACGCAUAACCCUGAAUUAUUUAUAAUUGGAGAGAAUACCCUAACUAUUCCAGUUACGAUAAUGAAGCCAGAUGAGAAAGCAGAGAUACCAGUUGGUGUUGUGAUCGGCAGUAUAUUGGCUGGACUCCUCUUGCUGUUAGUAUUGGUUGCUGUUUUGUGGAAACUUGGCUUCUUCAAGAGACAGUAUGAGAAAAUGACACAGGAUAUAGAAGAUGUCGAUGAAAUUACAGAACUCACAAAGGACAAAGACUGAGAAACGUGAGUUUUGUGGAUAAAGAGAGGAGAUCUGAGCCACCAACAGUAGUGAUCCAGUCGGUUCUUCAGCUGGAGUGCCUUAAAGCGUAGUAACAUUUAAACAUCUUUAAUGAAAGUGUCUUUUUAUAGAUGAAAAUAUUUUACAGAUUCUACUCUAUUAUAAGAGUAACUGCAGGACAGUUUGGUUUUUUCAAAAAUGAUUUAUAGUGCCUUUUCUUGUAAAUUUUUGCCUUUCAAGCAAACUUAGCCCUUAGAACUGGCAGGUCCGGAGUUUACAGUAACAUAUUGUGCCAGCAACCCUUCUCCUGAUCCACUGCAGAGUGAAACAGAGCAAUUUAUUUCUGAUUAUUGUGGAACAGCAUCAGUUCAUAAUUCAGUUGACAAGUACCAUAUGUGUAAAGGACAUUUUCUAUUAAGUUGAUGAUGAAUGUGUGGUGAAUACUGCUUCCAGACUGGGAGAAGAAAACUCAUUUUUUCAUUGACUAGCUCCAUCCUUAUUGUUUUAGGGAAAUAAUUUGCACCAGCAAACCUUUGUUUUAACUAAUCUAUAAAGUGGGAACUGCGUAUGAAGAUGUCUGUCUGGGUGCUACAGGAUAACUGGAUAGGCAAACUGCUCCAAAAGUUCACCUAAUUCCUUGCACUAAGGUCACAACUAAAUUACUGAAGUAGAGUGUUUUGGUGAAAUAUUACCAAAUGGUAUGUAUAACUGCCUUCUGCAUACUUUCUCUCCAAGAAGAAAAUAUUAAUUGCAUAAUCACUUACAUGUUCUCUGCAAUGUUAUGAUUGUUUUUCAAAUCUUAUCUUGAGAAGCACUAGCACUACUGUUACACUGUGCUUCAUGCUUGCAGUCCGUCUGACGUCAGUUUGGUUUUUGAUGUAAAUAGGGAAGAUGAUCAGGAUCUUGCCUUUAAUUUUGUACUGAAAGAUUUUGCAAGACUAAGAGCAUGAAGUGAUCUAAAGGGGAUGAUGACUGAGGAAGUAUGCACAUUAGGACAGGGGAUAGUGAAGAUCUAAGCUCUGUAAACUGUUUACUGCACUUGUUUCUUUAGCAUCUCAGUGCCUCCAGGAGACCAAAGUUCAGUAUGACCUCCUUACCUGUCACAUUAUAUUUGGUUCCACGUGUUCAUGUCUUGAUGAAGUUAACUUAUGUUUCAUACAGUACAGUACUGUAGCGCUCUGGAAGGAGCUCUGAGCACAACACUUGGGUGUCUCUGUGUUGGUUACACACCUCAAGUCUAUCACAUGCUGUUAAUGCUGCCUGGUUUUAAUGAAAGCUCAGUCUUAAAAAGGCCCAUGCUGUAAGACUGGUAAAAGUCAGGAGAAUAUGCCUCUUGGCUGCCUUUCUGUCUCAUGGCUGGCAGUUAUAAUUGAUUGUGAGAAAAGAUGAGCGUGUUGUCAUGCCAUGCAAGUGAGAUUGUUUCCAACUCAAGGUGACUUACUUGAAGAGUAAGACACGUUUUCUUUCCCCCAAAGCUAGACUGUAAUUACCCUUAGGGACCUUUGAGAUUAUUUUCUGAGGGACUCUUCAAAAACUAGGCUUGAGCACAUUUGAAAGUUUUACUGUCUUUUUUAAUCAGUCAGGAGCCAACCACCUCUUUGGCAAAUAAUAGCUUCAUUUACAGUGACAGCUGGAUUGCGCUCAGUGUAGUUUUAUAUGUGUUUUGGAUUUAUUUUGUAUCUAUGAAAUGUUAUGUUUUGGGGUGGGGGUUUUUUUAACAUUCUGAAAAACAAUCCAGAUUCUGAUCUUGAGUGUCAAACAAGAUUGUUGCCAUCAGCUGAGUUUGUAACCAAAACAAUUAUUUUAAAAGUGAAAAAAAAAAAAAUGUAGCAAUUGCAUAAAGCUAAAGAAUAAGCUCCUGACUUGUAAUUAUAAACCCUGAGGGCAAAUGCUCUGAAAGUAAAGAUAAAAACAUGUCUGCCUCCAUUCUUGUACAAACUUGUGAGCAUGAAAACAAAACCCUACACCCAUAUGUGUGGGAAGCUCCUACAUAACCAGGAUCAUGCACUCCAGGCCAGAGGGGGAAUUUAUUAACACAGCCAAUAGCAGCAUCUUCCGUUUCUGGUGCUGCUUGCAAGGGACAAGUAAGGCAUUCAGCUGGAUUUCCUUCUUCCACCUUCAGUGAGAAGUACAGGUCAAUAUCUGACAUCCAAUUUCUUUGGGGAUUUAGAAGUUUAUUAAUUAGGUAGCAAUGAUUCAAUUCAUUAGCCUUCACUGUGUUUUAUUUUGUCCCAGAAAACAGAAUUUGCCCCCCUGCCUGGACAUAAUACUUUUUCCCAAAAUAAAUGGCAAGGCAUAGCAAUGGGUAAGGUUUUUGUAUCCUAACCACUUCGAGUUACUAGUUUAUUUUUCUUUUACAAUUAAUACUUAAAUGGCUAAUUGAGUUUUUGUAAUGGGUGAGUUUAUUGCACUUUUAAGUUGGCACAGCCGCAAAUAAUGCUGGAUAUAUUAUGUAUAUUUUGUAUUAUGCGCAAGGGGAUGGUUUGGUUUUUUUAGUUUUACUUUUUCAAAACAGCACAUUACAGGUGAAAUAAUAUUCUGAAAUGUUGAGCUUCAGCAUGUGCUUCUGUUUGUGCUUGCAGCAAGAGAAGUCAGAAGUAUCUUUGGUGAACUCACUUUAUACCUGAUUCUGGUCUUGAAAAUCUAGCUGCUGACUUCUUGAAGUGCUAGAACCAAGUCCAAAAUCAGAGUAAGUUUCAUAUGAGCCUAUGUAUAGAUUUGGGAUGUACAAGACAGUUUAUAAUCAAACUGACUUCUGAAAGCUAGCAUGUAAGCUCUAUGGGAGCAGGGACUGUAUCACUGUGGUGCCUACCUGAGGACCUAACAGCGUUACUACAAUAAAAACAAGAAUACUGCUGAA